AUGGCAAGCUCAAACCACCACCACCACAACCACCCUCACAAUUCGUACCCCAACAGCGCAGCAAGCCAGUCCCAAACACCAAUAUCCCCCUCAGGCCUGAACGGCGGCGGCGGUGGUGGUGAGGACGGGGACAAGCCCCGGCUGACAAAGGAGCAGAAAAAGACUAAUCACAUCCAGUCUGAACAAAAACGGCGGCUUGCUAUUCGCCAGGCGUAUGAUGAUUUGUGCACGCAGGUUCCUGGGCUGGAGGGGCAGGCGAGGUCAGAGGGGGUGGUGCUGAAUGGGGUUGUGGGUUAUGUCAGGAAGCUGAUGCUGGAGAGGCAGAGGAUGAUUGCCGAAUGUGAGGCUAGGGGGUUGGAGGUUCCCGCUGGGGUGAGGGAGGGGUUGGCGAACAUGCCGGUUGGGUUUUUGGACGAGGGGGAAGGGGGGAGGGAUGCGAGUGGGAGUGUUAGUCCUGGGAAGGGGAGUCAAAGGGGGAGGGAGUGA